CCUCUUUACUCCUCCCAUACUCGCGCACGUCUGUCUCUAACAGAAGUAUGACCUCGUCUUCACCCUAGCCGUGUCACCUACCCAUAUAGGGACGCUUUUUGCUGGUCAUAUAUUUGUUCCUUCUUCCGUCUGUUUCCUGGCGGAGGAGCAGGAUGAGCUGGAGACAUGCCGACUAAGCUCUCGACGAUUUUCCUUGGGCGUCGCUUCCUCAUCUCCGCCCUGGAAUCUGCCACGCCCUUAGCAGCUCCGGCUUUCCUUACAUCCACGAGAAUAGCUUUGUCUGCCGCUCCCAUACACAGCCUCACAGCAGACUCGUCGCCCAAGUUUGCUUGUCGCCGAUCAGUACAUACACAGCGGCCGAUUCCGCGGUCAUCAGCUCCCCAUGGGCCCAACGCCUUGAAAAGCCUAACCAGCGGUGGUUUGCUUCUCAUCGGCUUCACCACCAAUGUCUCCUCUUCCACCCCUUCUGCGGUAGCGGCAAAAUGCACCGGCGCUCCCGAAUCCGCGACAGGCGAGAACUCGGCAGUAGGUUCCAAGAUUCGCCAACUCGCGCAACAGGCAUGGAGGAGGGGUCUGCAUACAGAUGCGAGCGCUUGGAAGAGCGACAAAAGCUCAAUAGGAGAGAGGCGAUACAGCUCAAAGAGCGGAAACGAGCCGAACAAGGCCUCAGUAUCUCAACUCAAUCACGACGACCAACCCCAAAAUAGACGAGAACCCAAGCCUGGGGAGCCAGUUAGUCGGCCAGGCCAUAAACCCGAGAGUCAUGACCACGAUCCGGAAUCUCUCACCUCAACCAUGUCGAAAUAUCUACACAUGCCCAUGAUGCCACACAGACCAACGAGGGAAGAGCUGCUCGCGGCAGCCAACGGGUUUUGGGAAAGAAUGAGGGUGCGAUUCAAGUGGGCAUCUAUCAGGAGCAUGCGGCCGUGGAAUAUCGAUGAAUGGGGUGCCUUCGUGUCCUGGUUUCUUUUCGGCCACAUUGUUUGGAUUCUCGUGGGCACUACCACUUUCUUCUCCAUCCUGAUCUUGUCCAUCAAUACUGUUUUCGCCCAGGAAACCGUCGCCAAGUGGGUCGGAGACUACCUAACACAGUCUGCCGGCGUUACCAUCGUCUUCGAAUCUGCCAUUGUGCCUAAGUGGAAGGAUGGCGUCAUCUCCUUCAGGAACGUCUUCAUUUCUAGGCGACCUGGCCAAACCACUUCAUCCGUCAGCAAGGGUUCCUCCACAAGUGCGGCGGCUGUUGCAGCCGCAGGACGGCCUCAUGACCAUGACGACGACGACGACGACGAAAAGCAGACACAGACACAGCCAACCGAAGAAGACGAGGGCAACUAUACCCAAUUCGAUGUCACAAUAGCGAACGUGAAUGUCACCCUGUCGUUCCUCAAGUGGUGGAACGGUAAGGGGCUUCUCAAAGACGUCGAGGUCAAGGGUGUCCGGGGCGUCAUAGACCGUACAUCGGUACAGUGGUCAGGAGAGGCCGUCGACCCCUUAUCCUACCGUCAUGAGCAUCAGCCUGGCGAUUUCGAAAUUGAUUUUUUCCGGCUCGAGGAUCUGCUCGUCACCAUUCAUCAACCGAACGAUUUCCGCCCCUUCUCCGUUAGCAUAUUCUCCGCCGAACUUCCGCAGCUCCGUAAGCAGUGGCUCUUCUACGACUUCCUAUCUGCGACCCACAUGUCAGGCUCCUUUGACGGCUCGCUGUUCACCAUUCACCCGCGCCAAGUCCACGGCGCUGUGGCUGGUGAUAACCGAGAUCUAAUGGAGAAUGUAGGGGAGUCUUCCGCAUGGAAGAAAUUUAGCCGUCUACGGAUUGAUGGGCUGAAAAUUGACCACCUGAACCGAGGAGUGUCUGGCCCGUUCGGGUGGAUUUACGAGGGCAAUGUUGAUAUUGUCGCCGAUGUUAUGUUCCCGGCCGACGCCGAUGAGAGCAUCACGAAGGUCAUGUCUGACUUCUAUGACCAACUUGAAGAUAUCGUCGUUUCCAAUCGCCUCCGCCUACUCCAGAAAGACAUCGCUGCUGAUCCACUGACGGCCCUGGCUCCCGAGGCGGGCCACAUUACCGAAGCUUCGGCUCAAAACUCUUUAGGGCCGCCUGAACCCCAGGACUUGGGAAUGCCUUUCAGCUCGUCCUCUGCUUCGUUCGAAGAUGCCCCCACCAAGACUGAAGAAGAAGACGACCGCCGUUACCUCAUCAUGGACCUUCGCAUCCACCUCAACGAUGUCAAGGCCGCUGUGCCUCUGUUCACCAACGACAUCUCGUACGUUAACCAGGCGCUUGUCCGGCCCAUUGUCGCUUACAUCAACGCCAAGCGGACUUACAUUCCCAUGACUUGCCGCAUAGUCAAGCGCGCCUCCGACUUUGACGGCUCCUGGACCGUCUUCGACUGCGGUCUCAUGGACGACCUGUCGGCCGAAACAUAUGAGGCCUUUGCCCGCGAUGUCGAGAACCAGCAGAACCGCGUUCGCCGGCUCAAAAAGGUUGGCUUCUGGACUCUCAGUCUGGCCGUCCAUGCACUCUUCAUGGGCAUGGCUGGGACAGUCGUCUAAGGCUUGUCCUCCUUGUACCAACUCAACACCCCUCUCCCCCCUCUCUUGGGUUAUCAUGUUAUAGAAGAUAGAACGGGCGCUUCAAAGGCUCAGUAUGAUGUGUUCGCAGUUUUUACAUUCGCCGAGCCAUAGUGCCACCGGCCCCCUUCCAUACGCGGGAAAUGAAGGCAAAUGAUAGGUGAAAUGGGCGUUUGCGGGUACUCUGUUGUAUUUUAUAGUCGGAUAGACAAGCGGGUGGUAUUGCAGGAAGCAAGACGGCCGCAUUCCCUACUGUAUCUGUAUCUUUGUGGUACACUUAUUGAUAGAUGGCCAUGGCCAUUGUCGUGUCUCUAACUGGAAAGUUGGAAGAAAGGAGUGUGCUGUAAAUCUAUACCCCAUUCAUCAUUCUUUCUCAUGUCCAACACUCACAAAACGACGCAAACUG